AUGGCUUCCCUGCCAGACGAACCCCAGGCCGAGGAGCAGCCCAUCAUCAUGGCGACCAGAUGCCAAACCUGCGGCUCCUUGAAACCUCUGGAUGCGGACGUCCCCGAGCGCGGAAACUCCGUUAGUCCAGCUGAUGCCGUAAGAUCCAAAGGCAAUGGCCCUAGCAAAGAUGAGACAAAGUCGCCCGAGCGCACCCCGGCCAUCUCAUCAUCCACCGACCAGCCCGACUCAUCGCGACGUCAAGACAAUACGGCUGGUGUGGCGGCGAACGUGAUUGUUUCCACAGCUGGACGAUCUGCUCCCUCGGUGUCUUCAAACAAGUUGCAUGCUACCAAUUCCGACAUGUCCAAGUCAGCGAGACCGGCCCCAGCUGUACCGCAAGACAAACAGAGGCUUCAGUCAGUCGCGCAUGGUCCCAAGAAAAGCGCCUCGGGUACCAAGCCUGAAAGCAUAGAGACCAACACGGCUCGGCAGAAGGCUGCGACCGUUGGUCCUGAUCCUUCCGACCGCCUCCUGAACACUUCACAGCCUGGGCCGGUCCGGGCAUCUAUUCCCAAAACCAAGGUACCAAAAGCUCCGACCGAAGCCCAACGGGUCAACGGCAAUGCAAUGGUGACUGUCGGCAGGCAGACAGAUUUCCACGUCGCAGUUGAGCCUGUUCGCAGAGAGGAGCCUCCCAUUAUCUCUAAGAAGCGACGUGCCCAGGAUCCCGAACACGAGGCGAAGAGACGCAAGGGACCGUUGGGCUCUCUUGAGACGAAAGUGAUCUCGACUCUUGCAGCUGAUGCCAGAGCAGACAUCACAAACCGCGAAGCAGCUGCGAAUCGCGGGAGUCUCAGGUCCAGGGUGUCACUAAAGUCCACGGAAUGA